AGGCAUUAGUUUGCUUUGGAAAAUGUCUUGGACAAUACAUCAAACACCUCAGUGCUGUCUUUGAAAUAUGCUGCUUUCAGUUGCGCAUUCGCUCUUAACUUUCGGAUUAAAGGGAUGUCGUUGCUGUCCAGGGAGUUGGAGGCGCUGGCUUUAAAGUUUCGUUUCUGCCUUCAGCCCUGUUAACUUUCGUUUUCCCAGCAGCAGCAGCUGCGGAGGGGCAGAUAAACUCCACGCCUUUCCGAGUAGAUUCUAGCGGCUGGUGGUGCCAAAAAAGAGAGAAAAAAUAAAGAUGGCGAGACGCGUUAAGACUUUUCUUUCUCAGUGGUCUUCGCGUAUCUUUUUACUGGAGCUGGACGGGACGCCGCCUCUUUAUUUUAGAGUUCAAGAGCAGCACAGGGGAGAAGAAAAGGCGCCACGCGUGUUCGCUCAAUUCCACAAGCAGGACAGGUGCUACUCGCUCCUGGUCUGCAGCCCGGACAGAAUCAGAAGGGCCAAAUUCUACGGGGAGCUGAAAGACAAACUGUUGAGAGAGCUGCCAGCGGGCUGUGAUCUGGCUGCCAUCUCCUCGUUUCUGCCAGACGUGAGGGACUCUCUCGUCAGGGGCUACUUCUUAAAAAGCAGCACGGAGGAUUCCCCCCACACUGAGCGCGUUUUGAGGGAGUUGGAGCGGCGUGACCCUGUGCUGGUGUGUUCAUACUCUGGGGGUGAGGAUGGACAGUGGACCCAACGUUUGUGGUCACAGGCAGAAAGCAAAACGCUGCAAAUGCCAGUGGAGUACUCCGUGGUACCAACAGAGGCACCGCCGUAUCACCCCUCCACCCUCAACAUAAUCAACUCUGAUGUUUUCUACAGCUUUGACGAGGCUUAUGACGUUUUAAAAAAGUGCGGUGACAUCAUCCCCGAGGCCACGUCUGUGCUGGAGACGCUUCCCAGCAGAGAGAAAGCCCGAAGAAAACCAGACUUCCCCAUCGUUGUCAUCGAGGGCCUGGAUGCCACAGGUAAGACAACUCUGACGGAGUCUCUGAAGGAUACUCUGGGUGCCACUCUUCUACGCUCUCCCCCUCAGAGCCUAUCCCCCUGGAGAGCCCGCUUUGAUCAAGAGCCCCCGCUCAUUCGCAGGGCUUUCUACGCUCUGGGGAACUAUAUCACUGCAGAGCAAAUAAGCCAAGAGGCCAUGAAGACUCCCAUCAUAGUUGACAGGUUCUGGCACAGCACAGCAGCGUAUGCCAUCGCCACGGCGGUCAGCGGCCCGGUGUGCAACCUUCCGCCGGCGGGCUCGGAGGUUUACCGGUGGCCCGGCGACCUGCUGCAGCCCAGCCUGGUGGUCUUGCUCACUUUGGACCCCGAGGAGAGGGAGAGGAGGCUGAGAAACAGAGGUCAGAUGAAGACUGAUGAGGAGAAAGAACUGGAUCACAACCGACUUUUUAGACUCAGAGUGGAAGAGGCUUAUCGGAGGAUCAGUGGCCCAGCCUGCGUCACUGUGGAUGCUAGUCCCUCUGCAGACCAAGUGCUCCAACAAGUGCUGCUUUUAAUUAGGGGCAAAUGCCACUUGUAAACAGUUCUCCAUCUCUCCUGCUGGCAGGCAAGUGUCAAGAGGGUGACGUUCCUCUUUUGACCACUAGGUGCCAGUAAGGUGUUGUCAAUGUGACUGCAGGAGGGCAGGUGGCCAGAUUCAAGUGUGGAGAGGAGAUUCUGCUCACAAUGAGUAAAGGUUGAGUGGCCAGGAGCCAGAACCGCCUGCUACAAACAAAAAUACAUAUUAAUGCAGACACACACAAACUCACAUAGGAGUAUUAUCGAGAAUAGUGUAUAUAACUGAUGUGUGUGGUCUCUGAAAAGAGCAUAUUGUGUUGCCUGCGGACAGCACGUAUUCUCACUUUUAUUUGUACAGACACUAAGGAAGUGGAUAGAAAAGAUAUGUGAGAACUAUUUAGUUUGAUUUUACUUUAAAAAAAGUAUGAGUCUUAGCAGACUGAUAAUGAAACAAAACAGUUUGAGUGUGAAAAUAGUCUUACCCAAACUACAACAACCCUGCAAACGCUUUAACACAACCUCACUCAACACGGUGCUUUAUUGAUGGGGCUAUUGUUUGUUUCCAGUUUUCUAGCCAAAACCUAAAACAAGACACAACUGUGCACAUUCACUUUGAGUUGUUAAAUCCCACCCAGCCAUGUUUGGAAUGAUUAUUUAAUUUGUUUCAAAGUAUAUUAUUUAAAACAAUCUGUUGUUUCUAGUGUUUCUUGUUGAAGUAAUUUCUGUAGACAUUUAUGCUUGUCCUAUUAUGAAAAGUAUUGAAGUCCAAUAAAGAAGUUAAACAUUGUUCAAGCUUGUUUGAAAAAAAAUGUUGGGUCAGGUGAAAUAUUAGUU